AAGCCUGACAAAUAGGAAAAUACUACAAAGUGAAGAGAAAAUUCACGAGAACUGAGCUCUGCUUUCGUUUGCUUUUGAAUUUUAUUUGUGUUAAUAACUGAUUAGUGUCAGAUUAUCUCUGUAGUCUACUGUGGUGAAAUUAUUAGGUUAAAGCUGGAAAAAAUGAAACAAUUGAAAAGAAAAAGAAAAAGCAAUUUUAGUGUUCAGGAAACUCAAACUCUCCUUAAGGAAAUCAGAAAAAGGAGAGAAGUACUCUUUUCAAAGCAACUUAAUACAACAAUUAAUGAGAUGAAACGGAAAGCUUGGGAGGAAAUAGCAGAGUGUGUAAAUGCUGUAGGUGAAGGAGAGCAAAGAACAGGGACAGAAGUGAAAAGGCGAUACCUUGACUGGAGAGCACUCAUGAAGAGAAAACGUCUGAAUGCAAACAUCAAAGUAGUAGGUGCUGGGUUUCACCUUCCUUCAUCCAAUUUAGAUGACUCUCUCAAUGAAGAUAUGGAUGAGAAAAUGGGAUUUGCAAUUGAAUCUAGUUUUGAAUGGCAAAAUAUCACUGACUUCAGAGGAGCCGGUGGAUCUUUAACAGAAAUCAAAGUAGAAGAGGAAGAGGAGGAUCCGCAGAAUUUUGAAUUCCCUAUUGAGGAAGAGGAAGAAAUUUUGUCGUCAGUUUUGCCAGAUUCAAAAAAGGAAAAUGACCUGCCGGACUUCCCUCACAUUGAAGAGUUUGGAAAUCUGAGCUCUGCUCAAGCUCGGCUAGCCUAUGAAGAUUCUCACUUGCUCAUAAAUCUGGAGAAGCAGAAGGUGGAGCUGGAGAAGCAGCGACUAGACAUUGAAGCUGAAAGAUUGCAAGUGGAAAAGGAGCGCCUGCAGAUUGAAAAAGAACGUUUGCGGCAUGUUGACUUGGAGCGUGAGAGACUUCAGAUUGAGAAGGAGCGACUUCAGAUCGAAUGGGAGAAACUGAGGCUACAGAGUCUGCAUGCUGAAAAACCUGCCCUGGAAAAUGACCUCACCCAAACGGAAAAACCCAUCAUGCAGCCUCUGGAUCUAGAAACUGAAAAGUUAAAACUUGAAAAAGAACGUUUGCAGUUAGAGAAGGAGAGGCUGCAGUUCCUGAAGUUUGAGUCGGAGAAGCUUCAGAUUGAGAAGGAGCGCUUGCAAGUGGAGAAGGAGCGCCUUCGAAUCCAGAUAGAGGGUCACCUGCAGUGAACUCCUUGACUGAAGUGUCAGCAGUAGUGUUUUGAUGUUUGUAAAAUAGACGUAGUUCUUCUCUUGAUACUGAAAUUGUCCUAGAGGGUUAACAUUCUUCUGUUCGCAGUUGAAUGGUGAUGUUAAACGGAAAAAGAAAAAAAAAAAAGGUGCUCAAUAUGUGAGUGUGCCUACAUAAAUGAGCUUGUGUGUGAAACUGCUUUUCAGUGUAUCAGAACUAAGUGUUAUGUUCUCUUGUCUUCAGUAUUGUGUUGUAUUAGUUUGGUGUCCUCCUCUCAUAGACACAUUGAGAAGAAUCAAGGCUGAACCUUGUACUUUUUUACUGUACUAACAGUAAGGAAGGAUCAGAAUAAAUC